GAGCGCUCAAAUUCCACUCAUUCAAAUCUGCGCAGCGGAGGACUCGGCUCCUUCGUUUCACUGCUCCAAAUCGCAACAAAGGUGGAUUUUAAACGGCUUAACUGAAUCACACACGGAUUUACGAGCAAAUAGUGAAUAAACGAAGACGCCUAAGAUAGUUUUGUGCAGAUCGGCGGAAAAGGACAAAACAUGCCGUUUACGAGGGGGAAGAAGCCAACUGUGUCUGCAGCGAGUAGACUGCCCAAACUGAGCUCAAGAGCCAACGAAAACCAAGAGGAGGGGUCACAGGUCAAAAGAUCAUCGUCUCCGCCCACUGGAGCGCCCAAAAAGAGGACCGCGUUCAUUGACAUCACAAAUGCUCAUAAAGUUGGGCUCAGUCUUCCCGGGAGAAAGAAGGAGGCCACAAAGAAAACCGUGAAGAAGCCUGCGGUCGCCUCCAGCUCCGUGUCGGCGAGGAACCAGGCCAACCUCAUCAAGUCCUCCUCCGUGAGCUCUGAGGAUUCGUCUGUCGAGAUCGAUAAGACUGUAGAGGUCAAACGGGAAGCGCACAAGGUCAAGCAGGAGGCACAGGGGGUCAAACAGGAGGCACAGGGGGUCAAACAGGAAGUGCAGGGGGUCAAACAGGAAGUGCAGGGGGUCAAACAGGAAGUGCAGGGGGUCAAACAGGAAGUGCAGGGGGUCAAACAGGAAGUGCAGGGGGUCAAACAGGAGGUGCAGGGGGUCCAGGAGGAUGCGGCGGUUCCGGUCAAAAAGCUGGAGACUGACGCUACGCCCCCUACUGUCCAAAAAGUACCAGCACACCUCAAGAAACAACAGAUCCCAGCUGAGUUUGACAUAGACGCGGAGAACAGAGAGGACUGUGUCAUGUGUCCAGAAUACGCCAAAGACAUCUUCGACUACCUCAAACAGAGAGAGGAGAAGUUUGUGCUGCAGGACUACAUGCCCCAGCAGUCCAGUCUGAACGCAGAGAUGAGAGCUAUACUCGUGGACUGGCUCGUCGAAGUUCAGGAAAACUUUGAGUUGUAUCACGAGACCCUGUACCUGGCCGUGAAGAUGACCGACCACUAUCUGUCCAAGACCUCGGUGCACAGGGAGAUGCUUCAGCUGGUCGGGUCCACCGCCAUGCUCAUCGCCUCCAAGUUUGAGGAGCGAAGCCCGCCCUGUGUGGACGACUUCCUGUAUAUCUGCGAUGAUGCGUUCAAGAGGGAGGAGCUAAUCACGAUGGAGGGCAGCAUCCUUCAGACGCUCGGCUUCGACAUCAACAUCCCCAUCUCGUAUCGCUUCCUCCGCCGCUACGCCAAGUGUGUGAACACGGGCAUGGACACUCUGACUCUGGCCCGAUACUUCUGUGAGAUGAGUCUCCUGGAGAUGGACCUGGUUCUGGAGCGCGGGUCUUUGUUAGCUUCAGCCUGUUUACUGCUAGCUCUGCUCACCAAAGACCUCGGCGGAUGGACUCCGUGUCUGCAGUUCCACUCGGGGUACGACCUCUGUGACCUCAGCCCUGUCGUCAGAAAACUCUACUUCUGUCUGUCUGCACCGCUGGACGAGAGGCUCAAGGCCAUACGCAACAAGUACUCACACAAGGUGUUUUUCGAAGUGGCAAAGUUGCCGCUGGUCGACCUGGACGUUCUGGAAAAUGCUUUGUUGAAAAAAGAGAAAACAGAAGAGCCGAUCUGAGCCUAAACCUGCGCUCAGACUGUAAAUACCUGUGAAUAUUUUUAUAUAUAAACAUUUUGUGUCUUUUACUCCAAAGUAAAUGUGUAUUUCCUGUGCGACAGUGUUCAAACGUGGGCAUUUAUAUUCACGUUUUUUUUGCCAGUACGUUUUAGCAUUUUUAUAUAAUUAUUAACAUGAUUUUAAAGCCUUUCAGUCGUUUUAUAAUCCAAAUAAAAGAAAAGCCCAGUUGUGUGUAAAUAGUGAAUAGUCGUGUUGCAGUGUUAAUUUUAAACUGACGACACUUAUUUUACUGGUAAAUGAUGUUGUUGCCCGCGCGUUUUAAAGUCUGUUUUGUUAUUAACGUAUAUUUUCAAACCUUGUACAGUUUAUUAUCAUGUCUACUCAGUAUUUGUACAAAAGACGACAAAAUGAGAAACUAUUUUAAAAUGCGGUCGUGCAUACUCAUAAUAAAGUCUUUUGAU